AAAUCGUAUCUUCGAACUUGAAUAGUAGAAAAAUGGUUGUACAAUCGAGAGCCAGACCCUCCGUCGUCGAUCUGUGGCUGUGUCUCGUAACGAGAAUGUUGGAAGCACGUGUAACUUGUGAAAAGCAUAUGUCAGUAGAACCGGAAUUACAUCAGACGAUAAAAGUCUGACUGGGUCAGUUAAUCACAGUCGGAGCGAUGAAUAUUCAACUCGUUCUCGGAGUUCUCGAUCUUGACUCUCUUUCGCGUUAAUCAACCAGUUUAAACGAUAUCUUUUGGAAGCCGGAGAAACUCGACGGAAAUAUUAGUCCCGAGUGUCACGUAUGCGGAGCGCGAUUUUCCGAUUCGACUAAUCGCGCGAUGAAUAGUAGACUCACGCUUCACAGUGAUUUUAGUUUUAGAGACAUUCUGACGUUUCCUACGAGUCGAGAUUGCUGAGACGUUUCCCUCGCGCCCCUCCUUUCUCAAAGAAUUCGUCAUGCUUCUCGGUUCAGCGAUAAAACGAAUGCUGCUUAUUCGAUACGGAGAACAAUGUGCGUCAGAGUAGAUGUGUAAGGCGAGAGGGGCUCGUCAUUCGAUCUUCGAAAUGUACGUCGGAGCCGAAGGAACACACAUCUCCGUAUUCGCGUGAUUGACCUUUGGCCUCGCAGCGUUUUCGUCGAUAAUCGAGUUUCCGUAUCACGACCUUUCGCGACCAAGUUCCCAACGUUCAAUUCUAAACGCGAGAUGAGAGAGAGAGAACAAUCCGCGAUUCUCGGACGCCCGGGACCGGAAGUCGAAGCAAUUAUCCAGUUGAGCGGUCAAUCGUCUCUCGAUUGCACCUUCGCGAUAGUUGGAGUGACGACAGGAGAUAACCAGGCGUCAAGAAAUCGUUCUAUUUUGAUGCCGAAGUUAUCCAAGUGUGCAGAGCAAGUUUCUCGUCGUUAGAACUCCAUUCACCAAGUUCAACGAGCGCUUUAUCAAUGAACUCGCUCGAGUCGAAGUCACAGACAAAAAUGUUGCGUGGCAGGCUUCGUCUUUUUCAAAAACUCUCUCACCAAACAAGACAGCAUGAAUACGUGACGGCUCGACGAAAGGCAGAAGAAAUCAAGGGAGAGGAGAGGACGCAAAUUGCGGAAGGUUCGCUCGAUGCUCGGAGGAGAUAACCGCCCCACGAUGGCCGGUCAGUGCAGAUAUUUCGAGCAACACGCCUGGAAGAGAGAAAUUUGUACGAACUGCUUCAAAACUCGGGAAGAGCACCUCGGCAGCUCCGAAACUUCGAGACCCAGCGUCGCUAGAGCAUCGGCCAACUUGAAGACCGACGCCCAGAAGCUGCAGAGCAUUCUUCGCGCAAAUGCAAACUGCCAGCCACCGAGAAGGAAAAACGUCGCUUUCCAGGAGUCUCUGACGGAGGUAAUCGGCUACGGAGGCAACGAUUUUUCCGAUAGCGAGGACAACACCGAAACGGACGAGGCCGGCAGCUUCGAGUUAUCGGAAUCUGGCAAUCUCCCCGAGGAAGACGUGCCUGACAGCGAGGAGGAUCGCGCGUUGGGAAAUCUCACUCGCGCGAAUACGAAUUUUAAUACGGUCACUGCGAAUCUCACAGACGCAGGCAGCUCUGAGGCGAAAGCUGCCAAAUCUUUCGCUUCGUUGAUGUUGGGCAAGGUGCAGAAGGACUCCGAGGGCAAGAAAAAGACUUUGUUGGUGUCGGUUACGCCUUUCGGGGCUGACGACACACUGCCAACUGCCAAAAGACCCUCCGACAAAAAAGCCACGAGCUCUUCUGUGAGCAGCGGAAAAACGAAGCAAGAUGAAGCGCUCGGUGGCGCGUCGAGCAAGCAGGAAGUCGAAAAGGCCGAGCCGACGCUGAAGAACUUGAUGAAAUCGAGUCACAAAAGCUGCGUCGUUGAUUCGAAGCAGGAUAACGAGAGUUCCGGGCUGGAAAAAAUCGUCGACAUGCCCCUCAUCACCUCGAGCAACCUCAUAUCAGUGAUUCAAAAGAGCGAUGCACUUACAGCCAACGCGGAACUCGUCAGUCAAAAAGUACCGACGGAAAAACGUGGCACGUCGAUAGCUCGAUGUCCGGCGAUAAAGAAGCCUGACAGCGAGAAGCCUAAAAUAGUCCUGCAGACUUGUGGCUACUCCGGGAAGUCGGAUUACACUGUAACGAGGAUAAGCAAAGUGACAGGCCUCGAGAACUCGACUCUGGAGCCUUACGAUUCCCAGGCUUUUGAUUCGGGCGUCGACCUCAACGAGAAUCUCGGCAAAUCGGAGGAAAAGGCAGAGAGAGCGUCGUCCAACUUGCAAGGAAAGGAUAUCAACAAAAUCCAAGUGCCAGCAGCAGCGCUGCGAUCCAGCGAUCUCGAUAAUCUCGAGGAACGAACCGUCGAGGGCGAGGCUGGUCCAGAACCAAUCUUGCUCGCAAACCGUCCAUUCUCGUACGAGGAGAGUCGGGAAAAGGCCGGUGAACCGGACGGGAAGGCCGACGAGGAAGAGUUGUCCGAGCCACCGGCCUUACCGCGGACUUCUCCACCGACGGACUCUAGCAGCUGCCGAAAUAUGCAGCCAACCGGUCAAAGGUCAAUGCUCGUCGGGUCCGAGCCCAGAACAUCGUUUCUUCACGGAGAAAUAAAAGCGAAACCGGCGCUGCCAUACAAGCCGAUUUCCCUGCCGGCAAAACCCCCGACGACCACGAAAAAUGCCGUUUCCGGCAGCAGCUCGAUAAUGGCGAAGAACGGCGGCUACGUCAUCGUUCCACCUCCGGUGAAAAACGCCUCGAACCCGAUGCAAAGUCCCGGAAGACUCGGAAUCAACGAUAAAUCUUACGGCAACGAUGUCGGCAAGAGAACGAUCCCGAAAUACUCGCUACUCCAGACAACCGCGAGCUUGAAAGAUGAUGAGUUGAAGACAUUUCAGGCUCCCAAGGAGUCCAAGCUCGAGGAAUCUCCCGUGGAAAAUUGCCUCAAUUCCUUCAACGGUUCCCACGCUGCUGCGACCUUCAAAGCGAACGGACAAAGCAUCGAGUCUCGAAUCAAUGGAAUUGUCAAACAGAAAGCACAAUUGGCAGUGGCCGAAGAACCGGAGUCUCCGAAGCUCGAGAGAACGAGCUCAUACGCAUACGAGGAUGAGCUCGGGAGCGGAGAGCCGGACACGCGAGGCGACAUCUCCGCCGAUUCAGCUGCCGAAUUGAUCCGUUCUCCGAACAAGAGGCGAAUGGCACCGAAGCCCCCGGCAACGAUGGCGGACGAGCUUCCGGCCUCGAUAUUCGCGAGGAAUCCAGCCGCGGCAAACCUCAAGUCGGAUUCCCCGGUUGUCCGCGAGAAGGAGAAGCGGGAACGGGCUUCCUCGUGCAGUCCAAAAUUUCGUAAAGCCAUUUCCGAAGCCCCCGACCCCUGCGGAGCGUCGAACGCGCCGGAGGCUGCGCCACGCAGGACGAUAUCUCUCUCCCAAGGGAGCUUGGCCAACGUCGAUAAAACGGAAGAGAAGAAGAAGAGCCGACCGAGAUUCUCGUUGAAGAGACUCCUCAGAAUGGGCACGAGGAAAGACGUCGACAUGACUUGUGGAAACGGUGCUGGAUCGAAUUCGAGAACCGACGAAAUUCCGACUACUCCGCAGCCAAAACCACGCUUGGAAAUAAUUCAUCCCCUCGAGCUCGACGGCGCCGCUGUUGAAGUCUUGCGACACGAUAGAAUCGUCCACGGUGGCGGCGAGGACGUGCCGGAUUCCAAAUCCGAAAACGCUCCCCAAUCACCGGGCAAUCAUCAUCACGUCGCAGCCACAAGACCAGGAAAGCCUCCGCCACCACCUCGAAACGUCCAAUCGCCGAACGACUAUUUGAGACUGACAGAAACGUCGAACAAACCGAUACGACCACCGCCGCCACGAAACGAGGCGAAAAUUCCAUCUAGAUCGGAAAAGCCAAUAUUUUCAAAGACUUGGCAACCGUCCUCGAGUCCAUCGACGACGGACUCGAUUUAUGCGAAUCUUGCAGCGGAGGAUGUUACAGGUGAGGUGAGGAGCGGACUGGCACCCUCGAAGCCACAAAGGACCGCCAGCAUGAGGGAUCAAGCCGUCGUCCAACCUCCGAUGAAAAAGAGAAACGUUCCGUGCGACAUUCUCAAUGGAGCUUAUGAAAAGGAGGAUGCUGUGAGACCGCCGACUUCGGAAUCACCGAGCUCGAACGACAGCAACGGUUACGAAUGCCUCUCGAGCUCCCCGGAGUGCGACUCGAACCUGGAACUCCGUCAUCCCCUUGGUGGAAGCAAUCGCUCGAAUUUCAAGAGAAAAUCUGACAGCAGUGCUAUGGAUCCUUGCCACGAAGAGUUCAAAUACCAUCAACCAAUGUUCGCGAGAUCCACUUCACUGCCUUACUGCGGCAGCGAGACUGAGAGCGAGUUGUACGCGCCGUACAGUUUCUACACCGGAGAUGAGGGCCCCGAAGAGGAUCAGGACUGGAAAGCGAAGGAAGAAGAUUUCGGAAUGAAUCGAGUACGACAGCGCCGGGGACGGAGCAUCGUUCAUCGGAGUCUGGAAGACAAUUACGGGGCUGUUAUCGUCGCAAAUCACGAAGCUCUUGCUCAACUUUUAGAAAGGUUGAAUCAACCUUCCCCGGUUCCGGCUAAUCUACGAAGUCUCAAGACGUCGAAUCCUCGUCUUAACGACUUUGAUGUCGACACUGACAGUCUCCUCGUAACAGGAAAAAAAGUUUUCUGUUCCGCCGUAUGGAACGAACACGCGGUCACUCUCUGUCUUGCACUCGACACUGCGGUGCCACUCUCCGGGAAAGAAUUCUGCUUAACACCAGUCACCGAAUUCGUUGAUGUUGUCCCAGAGAAAAUAUCAUUGAAAUGCUUUGCAGGCAGAAAGAACGUCGACGCAUUCGUAUCGGUUUUCGCACGCAUGCAAGUCAAUACAGUGCAGUCGUUUGCCGUUGAAAUUUCAAGGGACGAAAAAACCGACGUUUGGCUACGAGCAUCCUGUUUCGUUCUCCUGCAAUUAGUGAAUGCUUUGAAAAAUCUCCAGGCCAGAGGGAUCGAAGAAGCAUCGAAAAAUCUUGGAAAUCUUGUGCUGUGUCGCGAGGACAAAGACACGUGUUACAGACUUUACAUGCUGCGAGGACUUAACCUCGAUAUUGGGGAGGACCGAGACGAAGAACGAGUGUCCUUGUGCCGAUGUGCUCUCGUCGCUCUACAGGAGCUAGGACUCGAAGAAAAACUGCCAGUCAUUCGAGAUUUGUUGAUGCGUGAACGUGCCGUAACCCUCUCACAGGUCAAAUCAGUUCUAGAGUUUUCUCUUUGGGGACCUUCGGACGCGAUGCUCGGUGUUGUAAAAGAGAGAGAAAUGGUUCUACAGAGAUGGCUUGAUCUCGAGAGAGCGAACGUGCUCCAUGCUUUGGUCAGAACGAGCAGGCUGCCUCUCACCGUCACCGACGAGUAUCAACUCAUUUUUCUAGUCCGCACGAGCGCAAGAGCAAUGUGCGAGGCUUCCGUACUACUGGACGAGCAACAACGCGUUGACUCCAUUCGUUCUAAUUGAUUUCUCACCCAUUUACAUAUCCAAGUCUUUUUAAUAAUCUUGACCUUUGGCUAAAUGCCAAGAACGUACUGCGCCUCAGCUCGCCGGGGAAUCAAACGAAUUUUUUCAAUUACGUGCUCAAGUUAUUGGCAGAUUCUAUUUCGUUUCUCCGUUAGAACGCGAUAAAAUUAUAUCGAUAAAUUCAUCUUUUUUCCUUUUACUACAUUUUUUUUAUCUACAUCGGUCAUUCGUUAUAAAAAUCAGAUUUGCAUGGAUUCUAUUCUGAGCUAUUAUUCUUAAUCGUCCAAAGGUGGCUGGAAACGAGUGUUGGAGACACGAAAUUUCGGAUCAUAAGGCAAAAAUCAGAAAGCGAUGCUACGUUAGAAACUUACGUUAGCUAAUACAUUUGCUCAAUUAUUUUAGUACGCACGAUGCUUUCUAUCUCCAGAGCACAGAAUUUUGUUCCCCAUGCUGGAAGGAACGAAAAAUCGGAGAUCAAAAAAUUCUAGAAUCGAAAUAAUGCGAGACGAAAUGAGAACUGUAAGUGAAGAAUAAUUUCAUCAAAUUUAUUACGCUGCCUUGUUUCAUUAGCAUGAAAAAUGCAAGAGCUUCUAGUUUUUCUUGAACCGCCAUGCAUUCAUCGAAUGAGGAGCAUUGUUAUUUUAAUCGUAUAAAAGGGAACGAAUGCGAGUUCGAAAUAUUUCCAGUGUGCUCUCUAUUUUUAAGGUAGUUUGGCCGGUAGUUUGAUACUACGACUAAAAAUGAACAGCUGACAGAGUCGAGCGUUGUGACAUUCCUCAUGGGAACGUAUUAUGAACAUGACCGCUUUAAAUUAUUAAUGCCUUAUUGUUACAAAAAUAUUUGUAAAAAUACUUCUUUUUUUUAUUAUUGAGAAUAAAUAUUCCAUGUUAUCGAUUGUAAAAA